UGAUAGAGAGAGGGCUGAAGCCAAGCCUUCAACAGUUCCAUUCCACGCACAUAGUCUGUGCGUUAACUUCUCUCUCGCCAAGUCUCCAACAAUGGCCCAUCAGCAAUGUAAAGGAAGAGGAAUCGCCAUUUGGCAUUGUUCAGUGUUCUCUAGAUGAUGUGUUUGAGUUUGAAUGGGAUUGAAUCUGUAAUUGGGUGCUACAGGAAGGGUAGAAAUUAUUCACCACCAAAAGGGUUCUUUUUGGAUGAGAGUCUGAGUGGACUCACUGGAUUGUUUGCUGGAACAGGCAAAACCCUGUUGGUCCAGCAUAUCAUCAAAUUGCUUCGCAAGAUUCACGGGCGAUCAGGGGUUUACGUGACUGCCUCUACGGGUAUUGCAGCUUGCGCGCUGAACGGGUGCACCCUUCAUUCUUUUGCUGGCAUUGGGCUUGGCGAAGCCUCAGCUGAAGAAUUACUACACAAGGUAAACUCCAACAGAACCGCACUUCGCCGAUGGAAGGAGGCCAAGGUGCUGAUUAUUGAUGAGAUUAGCCUUAUAAGUGGAGAAGUGUUUGAUAAGCUUGAGUUCAUAGCACGCAAGAUACGAAGCGAACCUGGGUCUGAUGUAGAGAUGAUUUGGGGUGGUAUUCAACUAGUCGGUAGUGGAGAUUUCCAUCAGUUACCCCCUAUCUUUGACAACAACACAAAUAAAUUUGCUUUUGAAGCUUCUAGCUGGAAUAUGGUUUUUGACAUGCAGAUUGAUCUCACUGCUGUUUUUAGGCAAUCGGAUCCCCGUCUUAUAAAACUUCUUCAGGGAAUAAGGACAGGGACAUAUGAUUCGGAGGACCUGAAGCUUUUGGAAAGUCGUUGCUCAGAUUUGGAGGCCGAUCCUUUAGCUGUAAAGCUCUUUCCAAGGACUGAUGAUGUGGACAGAGUAAACAGAAUGCACCUAGAAAGCCUCCACAAGGACCUUAUAGGUUAUAGAGCUUUUGACAGUGGCAUAUGGAAAGAAGGCUUAAAGACUGGAAUCGCACCUGAUUAUGUUGAACUGUGUGUAGGCGCAAGGGUUAUGUUGACUAAGAACUUAGACAGUCGGGGUAAACUUGUGAACGGUGCUGCUGGCACUGUGGUGAGUUUUGAGUUUGUUAAUGGUAUAGAUAAAACACUUGGCACUAACUGGUUACCUGUCGUGAAAUUUGACUUCGGGUCUGAUGAACUUAUAAUUGGUCCUGAAACAUGGGAGCUGAUGGAUGGAAGGGAGAAGGUUGCCACAAGAAAACAGAUCCCACUCAUACUGGCAUGGGCUCUUAGUGUCCAUAAAAGUCAGGGCAUGACAAUAAACAGCCUUUCUACAAAUCUCAACAGAUCUUUUGGGUACGGGAUGGUAUAUGUGGCACUUUCGCGUGUGAAAACCUUGGAAGGCCUUCACUUGUCCAGUUUUGAUCCUGGAAAGAUCAUGGUACACCCUAAAGUUUUAAAAUUCUACGGCAGGUUGGGUAAUCAACAGGAUCAAAAGAUAUGUGUCCAAAAAUGAUCUGUGAAGAAUCUACACUCAGAUCAUAAUGACAAAUUCUUUUGCAACAUGUUUUUGACAAUAUGUGGCAGUCUCCGCGAGGAAGGAACAAGUU